AUGGCCCGCCCCAAGUCCAACAAGUCUUCCACAGCCAGUGACAAGCCCCUCAAACAACGUCGGUCGCACCGCAAAUCUCAAAAUGGCUGUGGCGCCUGCAAGCAACGACACAUGAAAGACGCCCCAGCCAGAGGCGACUUGUUCGAUCUCAGCCACUUUGCCCUUUAUCAUCAUCUUUUAACCAAUCGUCACACCAUCACAUCAAUUGAUCCCUCCAAUGAGAGCGUCAUCUCUCACACAUUGGAUUAUGCACUUAAAGCUCCUUAUUUGAUGAACCAGGUGCUUGCCCUCUCUGCGCUCCAUCUGAGCAAUCCCCCUUCGCUGCAACAACCAUAUUAUCAGCUUGCCACCAGUCUCCAGACAAGGGCGUUGGCCUUGUUCAAUGAGGAGAAGCAAGAGGUCUCAGAAGAGUCAUGCGUGCCCAUGUUUCUCUUCUCGUCGAUGGUUGGAUUGCAUGUCCUCUGCGAUACCCUUCAAGGUCCAAGAGAGAGUUUCGGCGCUGUUCUCGACCGCUUCGUCACCUAUCUGUCCAUUCACCGUGGCGUUCGUGCUGUGACGAAACAUUCAUGGGAUACAAUCAAGACUUCAGGACUUGGGCCUGUACUACAGCAGGUCGAAGACGCGUUCCCAGCACUAGAUAACAAUAUAGAAGCGACAACCAUCCUCCACGAGAUGGUAGACGCAAACGCCUCCCUGUCAUCGGCCACCAAAUACCACGACGCCGUAUCUACGCUGCAGCGGUCCUUUUGUCUCCAUGCAGCACUGAGUCAGCCAAACAGACAGCGAUUCGAUGCCGCGAUAGCAUUUUGUCUCGAUGUUGAUGACGAAUAUUUCGAAUUGCUCAAGAAGCGACAGCCAGAAGCGCUGGUGAUCCUUGCAUUCUUUGCGGUCUUGCUGCAUUGGAAUCGAUCCACGUGGAUAAUCGUCAGCCAAUCAUCUUCGGAGGAAAGGUUAAUCGAUUUUGCCGUUAACUUGGUCGAAAAUUAUAAUUUUGAGGCAAAGUUAUUCCUUUACUAUGGCCACCCAACAACCGCCGCGGAGGAUGUCAACUUUUGCAACGUCACCGUCACCUACACUCACCCUGGCCAGAACGAUACUGUCCGCGUUGAAACAUGGCUUCCUAUGGACAACUUCAACGGUCGACUUCAGUCCGUCGGGGGAGGAGGCUGGGUCGCUGGACGAUAUCCGCCUAGCUAUGCUGCCAUGAGCGGAGCAAUUAGUGAGGGCUAUGCCGCCUCUACGACUGAUGCUGGGCUACAGCUACAAUCGGACUAUGGUCCUGAUAGCUGGGCCCUGACCAGCGAGGGGAACCCCAACCUCUCCCUACUCCAGAACUUCGCUUCUAUCUCUCUAGGCGAUCAAGGUUGGUCGAAAGCUUCUACAGGAAAGCACCGAAGUAUUCAUACUGGAAUGGCUGUUCUCAGGGCGGAAGACAGGCUCUUCAUGUCGACCCUUUGGCCUCAGCUGAUCAUGCAGGAGCUAAAUUACUUUCCGUACCCCUGCGAGAUGAAUGCUAUCUUAGCGGAGGCCAUAGAGGCCUGUGAUGCACUUGAUGGUAGUAUUGAUGGAAUCAUCUCCAACGUGGACGCCUGCGAUUUUGACCCAAUGGACGUCGUCGGCAAAUCUAUCAACUGCUCCGAUACUGCGAACAUAAUUAGUAUCACCGAGGAGGCUGCCAAGAUAGCCAAAUCUACCUGGUCAGGUCCUACUGCUGCUGGUGGCAAGUUCAUAUGGUACAGCCCCAAUACGGGAGCUCAGCUCAACGGACAGUCGCUCCAGCUUACAAGCGAUAUUGGACUUACAAUGACCACGUGCACCAACGAGACUUGUCAAGGAGCUCCAGUGGGACUUGGAGAGGUUUGGAUCAAGUACUGGAUAGAAGCCAACCUGGACUUGUCGUGCAAGAAUAUGAGCCGAGAAGCAUUCGAUCUUUAUGCCCAUGAAGCUAUUCAGCGGUAUGAGUCAGUAAUUGAAACCAACGAUCCUGACCUGAUAGCCGGGCUAUCAUGGAACGGUAAAGGAGAUGAUCCCUGA